GUAGAAAGGGGGAGACAAAUGUAAUUUCUGCUGCAUCUGGCCCUCAGCCCUCUGACCAACCCAAUCCACAGCUGUCUCUCGCAGGAAGCCUACAUGAGAGAGAAAGCAGAAGUAGUCUAGAGUAUUGUUUUUUUUUUAUUUUUUGGGGAGAAAAGUUGUGAGUGUGUCAGUGUCAGCAUGGCCGGGGGCUCGGUGUCUGAGUGUAAGGAGUACUUGUUCAAAGUGCUGGUGAUCGGGGAAUUAGGCGUCGGGAAAACCAGCAUCAUCAAACGCUACGUGCACCAGCUUUUCUCGCAGCACUACAGGGCGACGAUCGGAGUCGACUUUGCACUUAAAGUGAUCAACUGGGACAGCAAAACGCUGGUCCGGUUACAACUGUGGGACAUCGCAGGUCAGGAACGAUUUGGGAAUAUGACACGGGUGUAUUACAAAGAGGCUGUGGGGGCAUUCGUGGUGUUCGAUGUGACAAGAGGCUCCACGUUUGAGGCUGUUUCUAAGUGGAAGCAUGACCUGGACAGCAAGGUGAAACUGGCUAAUGGCAACCCCAUACCCUCAGUGCUGCUCGCCAAUAAAUGCGACCAGAAGAAAGAGACCACCAACAACAUGGCCCUAAUGGACAAUUUCUGCAAAGAGACUGGCUUUCUGGGUUGGUUUGAAACCUCAGCUAAGGACAACAUCAACGUGGACGAGGCAGCGCGUUUCCUGGUAGAGAAUAUCUUGGCUAACGACAAAGGUUUGCCGUAUGAGGAGAGCAAUGGAGACCGGAUCAAACUGGACCAGGAGACUGUGCCUGCAGAGAGCAAAUCGGGCUGCUGCUAACACUCAAUAUAUUCUCAUUAGCCAACCCAUGCCCCCAGCCUGUGGCUCCAGCCCUUUACAGCAGCCUUAGGGAGGAGUUUGAAUUGUGGGUUCUUAAAAGAUUUAGGAACUUCUCCUCUCUGCACUAAUGCCCAUUUGACCUGCACAUCAAAGUUUUUCAUUGUAGCUUUUCCUAGGCCAGAAUAGAAGCCUGAUUUUUUUAUCUUGAUAGGCUCCCGAAUAUUUUCAGCCUCUAUCAUGCUGUGUGUCCUUCACCUCCAAACCACAGGAUCUUUAUCAUUGUAUCUUUCUCAGCACACUUUUUCCUGACUGUAUGUUCCACCGUGAUGAACCGCACCCUCCACACUCAAACCUCUGUUGCCUCAACUGCCCUGAAACCCUGAACUGUACCACACCUGACAAAAGGGGCAAACUCCUCUGCCACUCUUUGGUCUAUUCCUUCUCUGUAGCCCUUUAUUUGUGUUGGGGUCAUUCACUAUUUGUCUGUGAGAUGAGACACUUGUUGGGUGUUUGUGAAGUUUUUCUUUAGAUAAAAUAGAUCUCCCUUAAACAGAUAUUUUUCAGUGUGUUCAUGGUUAUGUCUCCAACUGUACUCAUAUUAGACUACUGUGGAAAAAGUAAGCAUAUGGGCAUCAGUUAAGCAUUAUCAAAGUGUUAUUGUAUUUUAUAUCGCUGUAUAAAAGUGUUGUCUUAUGCUACGUUUUCUCUGGCAAUGUGCUAUAAUACAGUUUUGUCUUAUUCUCAUAAGAGGCUGGGUCACACUCAAACAAGGACACAGAUGGGCAAUAUAGUAAUUCAGAAAACUCUAACUAAAAAUGGUACUAUAUGAGACACUGAAAAAUCUUUGUUUGAUUGUCUUUCCACUGGUAUGAAAAUGUAGAUCUGAUUUACAGUAUGUAUUUUUAAAACAUGUUGGGUCAUGCAUUAUAUAUCUGGUGAGAUAUCACAAAAACAGAGGACUACACUCUGUUGUAUAUAAGGGUUGUAAUCUGUUAAAGUGUUAAACUGUUUUUUUAACAUGGAGUUGAAAUUAAGUUUACAUGUGAAAAUACUUUAAA